AUGUCUACCAACCUAGAUGCGCAGCCCACGAGAAUGGGGAUGGCGAGGCGGACUCUCGGUAUAUGUCUUCUGCUGCUCGUGGUAGUACUCUGGACAACCUCGAAUUUCCUAGGAAGUACUAUCUUUGCCGAUAAGACAUAUCCGAAGCCUUUCUUCGUAACAUACCUCAACACCUCGCUUUUUACAAUUCCUCUAUUCGGCGUUCUGCUCAGUCGGACAAUUGGCCUAUGGCGCGCCGACAAGCUUGGGCAGAUUGACUCGUUCUGGAGUUGGCUACAUCAUAUGGACUCGGCUGAGUCGGUUUCCGCCGAUGAAACACGGGUCUUGCGCCGUGUCUCGAUUGACGAUGAGGCUCGCGGUAGUGGUGACUAUGACGGUGCGCGGUAUUUGCCCAAAGACGCGAACGAAGAUGAGAUGUUGGGAUUGAAGGCGACUGCGAAGUUAAGCUUCCAGUUCUGUCUGCUUUGGUUCACGGCGAACUAUUUCGCAAUGGCUUGUCUUCAAUAUACGACUGUUUCAAGUACCACUAUCCUGACUUCGACUAGCGGUGUCUGGACACUGAUCUUCGGAGCGUGUCUGCGCGUUGAGAAGUUUACGGCCCGAAAAGCCCUUGGUGUUCUCGCCUCUCUCAUCGGAAUCAUCUUGAUCUCGCGUGUUGAUCUCUCAAAGCCAGAUGCACCAGCUGCUCCCACUGCUGAUGGGGGAUCGGGUACAUUCCCUCACAAGACCGCCGCCGAAAUUGCCCUCGGUGACGCCAUGGCAGCCUUCAGCUCAAUUUUGUACGGUGUGUACACUAUUGUAAUGAAGAAGCAGGUGGGCGAUGAAUCGCGCGUGAACAUGCCACUUUUCUUUGGUCUUGUUGGCUUCUUCAACGUUAUUUUCAUGUGGCCUGGUUUCUUCAUCCUGCACUGGACAGGCGUUGAGUUGUUUUCGUUUCCGGAAACGAAGCGUGUGUGGACUAUCGUUCUGGUCAACUCGGUCGCUUCUUUGAUCUCAGAUGUUGCUUGGGCGUAUGCCAUGCUUCUUACCACGCCCCUUGUGGUUACCGUUGGUCUUAGCUUGACUAUCCCCUUAUCAUUGGUUGGGCAGAUUGUGCUGCAGGGACAGUAUGCAAGUGCAAUCUACUGGGUUGGUGCUGCAAUCGUGUUUCUAUCAUUCGUGGUGGUCAAUCAUGAAAGCAAGACCUUGGACGAUGAGUCUCCUGCAGAUGGAGGUAGAUCAUCAUCUGGGGAGUAUGAGAGUAUUCCUAACGAAGAUUUACAAUGA